UAUCCGACAGUAAGGACAAUACAAACAACACAACAAGUAGGAAACCUUCGGCAACAAAAUUUUACUGCACAGCCUCGUGUGAUUGGAACUAAUCAACAGCAAGUUAUACGAGCAAUACAGCAGCAACCAGCCACUGCAGGAAACACGCAAGUCAUCCGUGGUGGAACUCAACCGAGCAUCAUUCAAAUGACACAGUUACAUCAAGGUGACAAACAGGUUGGUUCAAUUAUUAAUAAUAGUAAUAAAACAACUGUUGUAAGUGGCCAACUACAAUUCACUCUGUGAUAAGGGUGAUUGACAAAAUCUGAUGACCGCGUCUCCAAUUUGCUAAAUCGUGAGAUUAUGUUAACAGACCCAAUUGGACAACAUGAUGUUUUUGUUACCAGUUAACCUUAAGAAAUUUGGGAUAUUUUAGGAUAUUUCAGCGGUUUUUCCUAGAUGUAAAAAUAGAUCCUAUUCAAAAUCAUGCAUGCAAUUAAUGGCGUGUCUUGUUCAAUAAUUGGACAGGACUUGCCAUUAUUAUUACUUUUGCAUGAUGUGAAAUGCCCUGUUACGUUGUCCUAUUAAUGGUGAAAUCAGGGCAGCUGAUAGGCAAUACAUGUAGUUAUGAUUAAACAUACACUGUACGGCUGUACAAUAACACCAUAGAGUUACCUGUACUUUGUACAUGUACAUGUAUAGGCAUGCAGUACAGCACUAUACUCAAUUACACUCCCCAGGACCGUUAGGGCAUGGAAUAGUCUCCUUCAUUCUUUUAACUAUGCUUCUAGUGUUCAACAGUUCAAAAGUUAUUACAGCUGUACAUGCUAAUUCCUAUCAGCUGCCAUAGGAAUAUCUGUAUGUCACUCUCAUAACACACACUUCUUUAAGCAUCGUUUUUUUUCUUGUCUGAUUUUACAGGAGUAGGUGUUUUGUCUUACAUGUAGUUAUAGAAUUGUAGAGGUUGAAAGUCAAUUCAGGUCCCUUCCCUGUUUUCAUCUCCGGUCAGCCGGUGUUCAAUCUAAGCAACGUUUUGUAAACAUUGACACAGAAUAUUUUAAUCUGAGGUGAAAUAAAAUUAUUGUGAAGUCAUACUGAUGCAAAAAAAAAUUACCUCGAAAAUAAGUACGUUUACUAUCCUAGGCCUACGUGUAGGUCCAGAUAUCACCAAAAAUUGCCUAAAUAUGUUUCCACAAAGUCCUGUUUUUUUUUUUAAAUAAUUAUCCGGAAAUUUUUUCUAAAUAUCUCAAAAAAAUUCAUUUCAUAAAUUACACGACACUAUGCAUAUGAGAGUGUACACUUCGGCAUCGUGGUUGUGGAUUAAUAUUGUGAAGGGAGAGGAAUAAUUCCUCUGUAAGAAAUGAGGAAUUGCAAGAAAUCAUAUUUUUUUAGAUUCCCUUACAUACAAAUACCCUUACUUUUCUCCUUUUAUGUAAUAGACUUCUUAACUUCUUCACGGGAAGUCUGCUAGGUGUAUGACUGUGUGGCUGUAACCCAAUUUGAUUAUAAUUUCUGUCAUAAAUACAGUACAGCUCAGAGAUAAGUGACCAACAGACACGCAAAACACAUGCACAUUUUCUGCGUUAACGCAAAAUCGUUAACUAGGUUGAAAGCGCAUUUUUGAAACUAGCUUUCGCUUUUGUUAUGCACUGUUUAAUGCUUCAUUGUUUUCGCUUUGUUUUCCCUACCCUGGGUAACUACAUGUAUAACAGAUAUAAAAUCGAGAACAAGCUUAGCCUAUCGAGAAUCGAGUCUAGGAUCGAGUUUCGCGAGAUUCACCCAAUACUAAUUUCUCGCAGUGAAAACCAAAAAAUAGCCUGUCAUCUAAAAUGGCAACACAAAUUUCUGCAAAUUUCAGGAAAUUAUGUUCUUGUUCAGCAUACAACAAAACUCUAAACAAUUACCCUUAAAACAAAUUUUUUUUUUUUUUUUUUAAUAAUUAUCUGGAAAUUUUUUCUAAAUAUCUCAAAAAAUUUCAUUUCAUAAAUAACACGACACUAUGCAUAUGAGAGUGUACACUUUGGCAUCAUGGUUGUGGAUUAAUAUUGUGAAGGGAGAGGAAUAAUUCCUCUGUAAGAAAUGAGGAAUUGCAAGAAAUCAUAUUUUUUUGGAUUCCCUUCAUACAAAUACCCUUACUUUUCUCCUUUUAUGUAAUAGACUUCUUAACUUCUUCACGGGAAGUCUGCUAGGUGUAUGACUGCGUGGCUGUAACCCAAUUUGAUUAUAAUUUCUGUCAUAAAUACAGUACAGCUCAGAGAUAAGUGACCAACAGACACGCAAAACACACGCACAUUUUCUGCGUUAACGCAAAAUCGUUAACUAGUUUGAAAGCGCAUUUUUGAAACUAGCUUUCGCUUUUGUUAUGCACUGUUUAAUGCUUCAUUGUUUUCGCUUUGUUUACCCUACCCUGGGUAACUACAUGUAUAACAGAUAUAAAAUCGAGAACAAGCUUAGCCUAUCGAGAAUCAAGUCAAGGAUCGAGUUUCGCGAGAUUCACCCAUUACUAAUUUCUCGCAGUGAAAACCAAAAAAUAGCCUGUCAUCUAAAAUGGCAACACAAAUUUCUGCAAAUUUCAGGAAAUUAUGUUCUUGUUCAGCAUACAACAAAACUCUAAACAAUUACCCUUAAAUUCAGCCUUACUUACAGUACAGCCUUACUUUUGGCCUUUUGUCACCUUUUAUUCAGAACCAGUCAGUCAUUUUUGAAAUAACGUUUCAGCUUUGUGAUUAUCUUAGAGGCCAAUUCAUACAGCUGUACCACCUACAGUGCCAGCCUCCAAGCUGUUGUUAUCAGUAUUAAUUUUGACUGUUUACUGCAAUAAAGGAAUCAAAACUGUGAAAAGCAUAAAACUGUAAUGUACUGUCCCUGGUUAUAGGUUUGAUGAAGUCUGUUGUUCAAAGUUUCAAUCAUUAUGCUUUGACCCAGACCAUUUUUGAAAUGCCACGUGGGACAUAUGACCCACUUUGACUAAUUUGACUAAUUUCUAGGUUGAACACUGGUCAGCAUUUCUUUUUCAUGUACAGCUAUAGACCUGUACAGUUUGUAUGAAUUCGUAUUAUCUGGCGGAAAAAAAAAUCAAUAAAAUGUGAUUAAACAAUGGCAGAUUUAGGAAAAUUAAUAUGUUAUUAUUGUUACUAGAUGUGUCACGUGUACAUAUAAUUCUUUUUUCAGCCUUCAGGAAUUCAAGUUAUUCAGGUAGAUGGAGCUAAUGAUAGUGACAGUGAGGAUGAUGAUGAUGAUGACGAAGAUGAAGAUGAUGAUGAAAAAGAUAAAUCUAAAGACAAUGGGUUGGAUGAAGAGGGAGAAGUUGAAGUAAGUGUGAAUUUUUAAGGACAUUAUUAGUUUUAAAUACUAAAGGCAGUUUCAAAUUAUUAUUUGUUUGGGGCCAAAAGAUUGUGAUCAGCUACAUUGAAGUCAAGCAUGUGCCAUCUUAAACUUGCAAAUUGUAUCUUCAUGGCCUGUUAAUUUACAUCAAGCGGAACCUAAAAGUGUGACCUCCUUUAAUUAAUUCACAUUCUUUCAUGCAGACAUUAUUUAAUCAGAAGUCAAGGACAAUCUGUAGGAAAGAAUGUGUUAACUGUGUAAGAAGGACAAAGAUUGCCUGAAUACCUCAAUAAAAUUAAUUUGUUAUGUGCCAGCCAUAUAAACUGAGAGUAUAGCUCAGAUUAUGUUGUCAAGAAAGAACAAUAAUUUUUUUGUCCACUUUGGAUAGGAGAAACAUAAGUUGGGUAACUAAAUCUCAUUUUAUAUCGCUAAUGAAGUUCAAGCAAUUUGAACAAAAUAUUUGAAUUGCUUUAAUUAUUUUGCUCUGAGUUCUGGAGUUUGUUGUUUCCAGUAAUGUUUUUAGUAUUUGUGAUAACAAAAGAAAGACUUAAAAACAGGAUUGUUUGACAAACAAAAUUUUGUCAUACAGUGUACAUUUGAAUUCCUUUAAUCAGGUACAUGUUUACUUCUUGCAGGAUGAGGAUCCUCUUAAUUCAGAUGACGAUGUUUCAGAUGAUGACCCAGCGGACUUAUUUGACACUGAUAAUGUCGUUGUGUGUCAGUUUGACAAGGUGCAGAGACCCAUUCUUGUACAGCAAUGAACAGGGAGCAAAGCGAGCCAAGUGAUGGACUGGGGAGAAGAAAAGGGCAGCAAAGCCCUUCUCUGCUGCUUUCUCUCCUCAGUCCCCUGCCGGCUAUUUUUUGCUCAGUCCAUUCUCCCUUUUCCUCCUCUAAGGAGUCUGGUCCAAGGCUAUCACAGUUAAGGACUCUAUCCACAGACUCAAAAAUUAGAAGUGCGUUAUAAUGAAUGAUAAACAUGCAGUAGCACAGGAAAAACUCCUUUAAAAAUAAAUAAGUAGGUUUUUAGACACAUAUAACUAAUUUUCAUACCAAUGCACACCGUAAAGAAGUGGGAUGGGCAACACUGUGACUUCUCUCUCAAUGGACAACUUCUGAUUUCCAGUAUCCCUCAAUGGGUCGUUUCCUUUUUCCAGCAACCCCUGCUUGUUUCUUUCUCCGAGAUAGUCGGGUCUGCGAAAUUGAGAAAGGGCCAACACAAAUAUAAUACAGGAAGAAACUGUGGAGAGGAAGGGCACCACCACAUUUCUCUUUUACCAGAUCAUGCGCUCAUAAUUUUUUUUUGAUUGUCCUUCACUUUUGCGUCACCCCUACAGUACUAUCUAAGAGCCUGGAACAGACUAGUGACAAUGAGUUUUAUUUGCACAAAAAUGAAAAUAGACAACGCAUGACCUCAUUAUGAGAGAGAGGUGAGGGGCAACUCAGAAAUCGCAUGUUUACAGCAAAUGAUAAUAUCGCAAGAUGGGUGACAGCUAUGAAAACUUUCAACAUCUCAAAAGAGAAAAACACGACUUCACGCAAGCCAAAACAAGUAAAUGCAUUAUUAUUUUUACUAUUUGUAAGCUAUAAAUUUUUUCAAGAGGAUAACCUUAAGAUAUGAGUCGUGGUUGACCUGCUCACUCAUACUUCUUUCCUUGUCUUUUUUUAGAUCAAUCGCAGCAGAAACAAAUGGAAAUUUUAUUUAAAAGAUGGAAUAAUGAAUCUUAGAGGAAGAGACUAUGUGUUCCAAAAGGCUACUGGCGAAGCUGAGUGGUAG